GGCAUGCCGAAAUGUCAAACCAUUGUUUACAUCACUUCCAAAUAAACGUGCUCGCGUGGUAGCGUGCCGGUGCCGAUUUUGUUUGAAUUUGUUAUAAAAACCGAAUAAUUUGUGUGUUAAAAUCGAUUUUGGUUCUGCCACAAUAGAUUUAUUGUUAAAUUUAGUGAAAUCAAAAUGUUGCUCGCAGAAGAACCAGUCGAAAGCGUGGAAGCUGUAAAAAAUAGUGUAUCUAAGAAAUUCAGGUCAGAAUUUGCUGACAGUUCCGACAGUGAAUCAAGCUUCACGGAAGACUAUGAUUCCGAUGAGGAGCUACGCCAAGCGUUCCUUCGCAACGAGCUGAAGCCGGGUUUGAACGUGAUAGUGCAGGAAGAACGCAAACCGCUGUAUGAUACGGUUCAGCUGAAAGCAUCGCUUGAACUGUGCACCCUGAAAGCGCCCUGGUUGGAGCGUAUGGAUCUGGUGAACGAUUUGGCCCCGCUCACACCGGAGCUAGCAAUACAGAUCGAAAAGCACGAGCAAAAGCGUGAAAACCAGUUCAAGGGUAACCGCAAGAUACCGUACGUUGCGCCGGAAGCCGACCCCGUGCUGAACGACUUCAAGCGAGAGAUACUGUUUCACCGGCAGGCCCAGGCCGCCGCGAUCGAGGGCAUCCGGAAGCUGCACGGGCUCGGCAUCGUGACCAAGCGCCCGGAUGACUACUUUGCCGAGAUGGCCAAAACGGACGAGCACAUGCAGCGCGUCCGGAAGGUGCUGCUCGACAAGCAGGAAGGUAUCGCCAAGUCGGAACGCAUUCGGCAGCUGCGGGAGCAGCGCCGCAUCGGCAAGCUGAUACAGCGCCAGGCGACGGAGAAGCGUGACGAGGAGCGAAGGAAAAUGCUCGGCGACAUUAAGAAGUUCCGCAAGGGCAAACUUUCCAAUCUGGACUUCCUGGACGAUGAUGACGGUCCGCGGGGUGAGUUCCGCAAGUCGGGCAAGGCACCGGGUAAGGGUAAGAACGCGAAGAGGGUUAGUGCCAAGCGGAAGGCACGCGAUGCAAAGUUUGGGUUCGGUGGCCGUAAGAAGGGCAUGAAGCAAAACACCCGCGAAUCGUGCAUGAAUGAUGGCCCACGACGCGGUGCGGGUGCAGGGAGGAAGGGCGCGGGCAAGGCGGGAGCGAAAAAUCGGCCAGGCAAAUCGCGCCGUGCACAGGCAAACAGUGGCAAGGGUCGCAAGAAGUGAACUCCCACCGUAGACGGCUCGUCGUUUUCUGUAACUAAACAUCGUUAAGGGUGAGAUGCCAACGAUUGACGAUAAUGUACAUUUAAUGUAUUCCGUAAGCCUUUCCUCUCGUAUUUUAGAUUUUUCUUCAUUUCCCUACAAAAUAAAGAGCAUAAAUGUAUGGAGAACAACAUACGCGUAAAAACAAAAAAGUGGGAUUGUUAGGGUAUUUUG